UAAAAAGCAGCAGUCGCUGGCUCUCUCACCGAGACAUCAUUUCCCCACGAGUGCCCGUCCACGCGUGUGACUUAGGUUCACUCUUCUCCACAUCGAAGGAUUCUUUUUAUUUCUCUCCAGCUCAGCGUCAACGUGGGAAGUUGGUUCUUUUUUCGUGGUCUUCACACCACGCGUCAUAAACACAUCUAGCGUUGAGUGAGUGAGUGAGUGAGUGAGUGAGUGAGUGAGUUUUGCGCAGCUCAAAAAGCCAUAUACGUCUCUUGGAUGUGUCGUCAAGGUAGCUCGGUUUCUUUGACUGAGUUCUGAAGUUUGUUGAGGACUAAUUCCUACACACAGAUCUUCACUGGACUAUUGCCUAUAUCUUGAUCGUCAAAGAACUGUUUCUCAAAUCUUCACAAGAAUAUUGCCCAAAUCUUCACUGGACUUUUUCCUUUAUUAUCCCGAUAUUCACCGGACUGUAGCCUUAAUCUUCACAGGACUAAAGACUUAAUCUUCGUAGGACUAUUGACACUAUUUCGAUCUUCACAGGACUUUUGUUUUUAUUUAAAGCAUCACUAAACUAUUGCCCAAAUCGUGAUCUUCGUAUAACUACCAGAUUCAUUAGUGCAUUGGUAAAAUCCUCAAACAAAACAAAUCAAAGAAGCCGUCGAGCCAAAAACCCAAACAUCAAACACAAUGGGCAAAAGUCUCUCACGCGCCUCCAAAGAAGACAUGAGCUUUCUGACACAGAACACCAAGUUCUGCAAAGACCAGAUCGAGCGGUGGUACAAGGGCUUCAUGAAGGAUUGCCCGGACGGAAAACUGACCAAAGACAAAUUCUUGAAAGUGUACUCCAAGUUUUUCCCGCACAGGAACUCCAGCGAGCUCUGUGAGUUCAUCUUCAGAUCUUUCGAUAUGGAUAAAAACGGCACGAUCGAGUUUAAGGAAUUUUUGGUGGCCAUCAGCAUGACCUCUAAGGACAGUGAUCCCGAGCAGAAGCUCAACUGGGCCUUCUCCCUCUACGACAUUGAUGGUAACGGGAUGAUCGACCAGGAUGAGAUGGAGAAGAUCAUAACGGCCAUCCACCAUUUCCUGGGCAGUCUGGCGGACCAGGUGAAGGAGACUCCCAAGGAGCGGACACAGGGUAUCUUCUCCCGGAUAGAUACCAACAAAGACGGCGUCAUCUCAAAGGAGGAGUUUGUGGAGGGCUGCAUGCACGACCCGGUGCUCCAACAGCUGCUCACGGUGGACGCCACGUCAGUGGUAGAUAAAUGAGAGGGGGGACACCACGUCAUUGGUAGAUAAGUGAGGGUGGAGGGGACGCCACGUCAGUGGUAGAUAAAUGAGAGAGUGGGGGGACACCACGUCAUUGGUAGAUAAGUGAGGGGGAGGGGACGUCACGCCAGUGGUCGAUAAAUGAGAGGGGGCGCCACGUCAGUGGUAGAUGAGUGAGGGGGGGGCGUCACGUCAGUGCUAGAUAAAUGAGUGGGGGAGACACCACGUCACUGGUAGAUAAGUGAGAGGAAACACCACGUCGGUGAUACAUAAGUGAGGGAGGGGUGCGCCACCUUAGUUGUAGAUAAAUUAGAGGGAGGGGGGACACCACGUCAGUGAUAGAGAAGUGAGGGGGAACACCACGUCAGUGAUAGAGAAGUGAACGGGGACGCCAUUUUAGUAAUAUAUAAUUGAGGGAGGGACGCCAUGUUAGUGAG